AUGUCUCCUGAGGAAGCGCCGUCAACACCGUCGGUACACAGUGAGCGGCAAACCCCCCUAGCGACGCUGUCACAUAUCAAUCUGCCGCGCCUAGAGCUUCACCACUUCUCUGGCGACCCCGCCAAGUGGCCAGGCGCGACUGAGCGAAGUGAAGCAAGCAAUCAAUACUCGACACGUCAUCAAUCAGCUGUGGAGCGACGUCACAACACGACUCAUCAUCGAUCGAUACCACAGCCGAGAGUAGCGGGAACACCUCCUCCAGCUGACGUCACGAGUCCCACUCCAGUCACGCUGUCUACGACUAAGACGCUGCCACCUGUGCAUCCGCCACAACAUUCAACGGUACUCUUAGGUACCAUCUUAGUGAAACUAACUGCUGAAAAUGGACAGUCCCAUGUUUUCCGCGGAUUACUGGAUUCCGGAAGUACUUGUAAUCUGAUAACGUGUCAGGCAGCCUCAUUGCUAGGAGCAAGACGUUAUCAUUCAAACAUUCAAAUUGCUGGUUUAUCACAGCAUGCCUCUAACACACGUGGCAUGUUAUCUCUUCAAGUCAACACUUUGUCAGGUCAGCUCAUAGCUCCUGAUCAGGAGUUCCACAUCUUGGAUAAAAUAUCUGUAAACCUCCCAAGGGCGAAAAUAAGUCCAGAGUUGUCGCAUCUAGUUAAGCAUUACACCUUAGCAGAUCCGACUUUUGACACCCCUUGCGGCAUUGAUGUAUUGUUGGGUGGAUCCAUAAUACCCACUGUCUUCACACAAGAAAAUCAUAGUUUAGGACCGGGACUGCCACACCUGAUCGGCACUCAGUUCGGCUUCAUACUUAUGGGAACAGCUCCUUGUGUCACCCCCACAGAGCCAGUUAGUAACUAUUCGAUUGCACUUUUGUCUACUCACGACAACUCGCUUCACACAGCGUUACAAAAAUUUUGGGUUCAAGAGGAACCGCCUAUCAUCAAUCACAAAAGCAUUGAAGAAACAAAGUGUGAUGAACUUUUUGAUAGUACUCAUACGCGAAAUGGAGACGGACGGUAUGUUGUUAGAUUACCGUUCAAAACAGAACCCAGCUGUUUAGGCUCAUCUCGAGCAGCUGCAGAAAGACGUUUUGUAUCCUUAGAAAGGAAGUUUCAAACCCAACUACAGUUCGCUGAACUGUACAGGAAUUUUAUGAAAGACUACAAAGCAACAGGUCAUAUGACACUUUUGGAUAAACAUCACGCCGACGAACCGCACUACUAUUUACCCCACCACGGAGUAAUAAAGGAAAGCAGCUCUACUACCAAGCUAAGGACUGUUUUUGACGCAAGCAACAAGACCACUUCAGGUUUGUCCUUGAACGACGUGCUACUAACUGGAAGGAAACUACAACCAGACAUUUCCAGUAUUUUAAUAAACUUCCGCUCUCACGCUAUAGUGUUUUCAUGUGAUAUAAAACAAAUGUAUCGACAGAUCUUAGUGCAUCCUGAAGAUCAAAACUUUCAGUUAAUCUUGUGGCGAGAUACUCCGGAACAGGAGAUAUCUACUUUUAAGCUAACAACAGUGACAUAUGGGAUGAACAGUUCUCCAUAUUUAGCAAUCAAGACACUCUCGCGGCUAGCAGAGGACGAAGGACACGCCUUCCCGGACGCAGCCUACGCAUUGAAGCAUCACACCUACAUAGAUGACAUUGUGACAGGAAGUGCUUCACUAGAAUCAGCUAUCCAACUGCAAGACCAACUCAUCCAGCUACUGGCGAAGGGAGGAUUCGAGUUGAGAAAAUGGGCUUCGAACGAACCCCGACUUCUGGACAGACUACCAGCUACUCAUCGUGAGACGCCUCGCUUUCUGCAGGACUCAAAAUCUACGCAGUUCUCUAUUUUAGGACUCCAUUGGGAUCCAGUUGAAGAUUGCUUUCGCUACAAUUUCAAACAUCAGAGAGGUAGCUUAACUAAGAGACAUGUGUUAAGUUUGAUAGCCAGAUUGUAUGACCCGUGCGGCUUUUUAUCACCACUGAUAAUGGUAGCGAAAAGUUUUAUGCAGCUCCUUUGGACACGAGGGCUCCAAUGGGACGAACAAUUGCCACCUGAACUAGCUGAAAAAUGGCUAUUGUUUGUGAACGACACACGGGAUCAUCUGGGUGACAUCAAAAUCGAUCGCGUAUUUCCCCUCCACGCCGCAAGCAGCGUAGAACUUCAUGGGUUUUGUGACGCGUCUGAAAAAGGCGUCGCAGCCGUCAUUUUUAUCAAGUGUAACCAAAUGAAUGAGGCCCCAGUGAUAAGACAAGUCAUGUCGAAAACUAGAGUUGAAGCCAUGCUUAACUCAAGGCCGUUAACUCCACUCAGCGCUGAUCCAUCAGACCUAUCAGCCUUGACUCCAGGUCAUUUUUUGAUUGGGACUCCGCUUGCCGCUCUACCGGAAGCUGACCACCACAACACUCCGACCAACAGACUACGUCAUUGGCACUUGAUACAAGCCUUCCAUCAGAGGAUUUGGAAGCGAUGGCAUCUAGAAUAUCUUCAUUCGCUGCAGCAGCGCUCCAAGUGGACAUCACCACAGCCUAACAUACAAGUGGGCGACCUAGUGCUCAUCCAAGCUCCGUCACCACCUUUAACCUGGCCAAUGGGACGUGUCAUCAAAACGCAUCCUGGUGCAGAUGGAAUAGUAAGAGUGAUCACCUUAAAAACAAUUAAUGGUGUUCUCACUAGACCAGUUGUCAAGGUCUUUCCACUUCCUAUGGAAUGA